AUAAAGGGGUUGCGCUUACUGUUUGCUGAGCCCAGUUGGAAGCAUGGCUGGCGACAGUGAAGCACGGCUCCGGUCUUCUGAAAAUGAACAGAUAAACAAUCAACCUUUUCUCAUUGGCGUAUCUGGAGGUACAGCUAGUGGCAAGUCUUCAGUCUGUGAGAAGAUUAUGGAGCUGCUGGGACAGAAUGAGAUCGACCAUCACCAGCGGCAGGUGGCCAUGCUCAGCCAGGACAGCUUCUAUAAAGAGCUCACCCCGGAACAGAAAGCCAAGGCACUAAAAGGCCAAUUCAACUUUGACCACCCAGAUGCAUUUGACUAUGAGCUCAUCAAGAAGACACUCCAUGACAUCAUUCAGGGAAAGACCGUUCAGAUUCCAGUAUAUGACUUCAUCACCCAUUCCAGGAAGGAUGAGUUUGUAACCCUGUACCCAGCCGAUGUAGUGCUGUUCGAGGGCAUCCUUAUAUUCUACUCCCAGGAGAUCAGAGACGUCUUUCAGAUGAAGCUCUUUGUGGACACAGAUGCUGACACUCGUCUGUCUCGAAGAGUUUUAAGGGACAUUGAGGACCGUGGCAGAGACCUUGAGCAGGUGCUGACCCAGUAUAUAACUUUUGUGAAGCCAGCAUUUGAAGAGUUCUGCCUGCCAACAAAGAAAUAUGCAGAUGUCAUUAUCCCCCGUGGAGCAGACAAUCUUGUGGCAAUAAACUUGAUCGUGCAGCACAUACAGGACAUUUUGAACGGAGGAUUCUCCAAACGGCAGAGCGGUUGCAUGAACGGUCACGUGCCGCCACGAAAACGGAGGACUUCAGAAUCCAGCAGGCCCCAUUGACGUUUGAGUCUUUCUCCUCUUCUGAAGGAAGAGGACCGCACAAUGCCUCUGGAUAGGGGACAUGGCAAAAUGACAUGGCCUUAGUCAGCAUUGACAUGCAUUUGUAUUGUUUAACAUUUUAGGUAUUGAUAUUGGUUCCCUAAGAGCUUUUACAGUAUUUUCUGUUUAUGAAUGCAAAGUUGUUGAAGAAAGAGGGAUUACCUAGGAAAAAGUGGUAACGGGAAGUUUUGUCUCGAAGAGCUAUGAUGACAAAUAUGAACUCCCAUAACGAUAAAGUUGAAAUCUCUAGUUUGUUAAACUCCCCUCUGGGUUUGUCCUAAGGACAUGCAACACAGAUCCUAUCCUAUGAGGAUUAAGCAAGAUGUAUUUUUGUGGUGGGUGUUCAGUUUUUUAAAUUUCUGAUUAGGGGGAAUUAGAACUGGGUAGAGUGAAAAGCAAUCUAUCCGAAUUCACUGCUUUCCCAUUGUGUCUUGUCCCGCCUUAAACUACAUCAACCAAUAAAGUGACUGGAGGAGAGCUAGCGGUAAGGCUUUUGAAGUUCCAGCUUUGUCUCCCAGCACUGGUGACUGGCACCCUGCUCUGUGUUGUAAGUUAAAGGAGGUUUGUGUCUGGGAACUGAUUGCAACACUGGGUACAAAAAAAAAAACAUGCUUGUGGUUUUAAACUUAGGGGGCCAAAUUUUUAUCUUUAUUGUGUUUGGAAAAAGCAUCAUAACAAGCUAAAUUCAAUCUUGGAUUACAAUUUUGUUUGGGAGAUUUACCACAGUGCUCUCUGCCUCAAGACUGGGCAGGGUUAUGCUAGAUUUAACUGAUGAAUUUUGUACUUUUGCUAAGAUAGUAUGCUAACAAUUAUAUUUUAAAAGCCAAGGUAGUUUGGGUGGAAAUGGGACAUUUGUUCUGUUGCAGUCAAUUUAAACCUAUUAACUACAGCUGCUCCAAAGCCAUGUCUGAUGAGUUUCCCCAAAAUGUGCAAAGAUGUUACUGGGGACAAUAAGAGAAUGGAAAAUACUUGAAUAAGACGGACCUAUAUGAAUAUGCUCAUGUACGCACCUGUUCUUGGAGAAAGGUGCCAUCUGUGUUGUCAUGCUGACCUCAAAGCCAAAUAUUGUCUGGUCAGUAUUCCAGAGUUUUCAUGCAAAUAAGAAGGUUAAUAUUAUUAGAAUGGAGUGUGUCCUCUCAUGGACUGGGACGUCGUUUUUAAUCGCUGUUCAUACCGAAAUACAGAUAAAUACCUCACGUAUAAGUUUCCAUUGAAUUGUGGGCCUUUUAGGAGAGUUUGUUGUGAAAAUGGUAGCUGGUGCUGUCAAGUGUACCAGAUCGAUUCCUGCAGGCACAUGAACUACCAGUGAUCUAAUUAUUUCCAAAUGAAUAAGGCUGAUAAAAUACUCGUGGCAACUGUAAUGAAUAAUUUGUUCAAAGGCGAAAUAAAUAUUUUGCACUUUG